GGCGGCGACGGCGGCAGCGGCGCCGGCGUUGGCGCUGUUGCCGGGUGGUUGGAGGCGCCAGAGCAGCGGCCCCAGGUUCCGACGCGGCGGCCGCGCCGAGUGUCGUGCGCGGCCUGAAGGCGCUCCGCUCGCUCUCCCCCCCUCUCGCCUCCACCCCCUCUCCGUUUAAAAAAAAAUUACCGGAACCAAUGAGCGGGGCCCGGACCCGAGCUCCCGAGGCCGCCGAUGCCCGAGGGACCAGGCUGUGCGCCGGCGAGACCCCGGAGCGGCGGGGGCGGCCCCAGGAACCGCCGCCGCCGUGGCCAUGGCCCGCGGCCGCCUCCCCGCCGCCUCGCCUCCAUCCUCUGUGCCCCGGGGGUCCGGCCCGGGGCUGGACCGCGCUGCUAGUGCUGGGCUUGCUGGCGGCCGGAGCGGCGGACGGAUGCGAGCUGCUGCCCGGGAGCCUUCGCGGGAGGAGGACGUCGUUGGCUGGAGCCGCCGCCGCAGCCGCUGCCGCCUCCACGGGGGAGAACCCGGCUUUGGUGACAGAUCCUUGCAUUUCAUUGAGUCCACCAUGUUUUACUGAAGAGGACAGAUUUAGUCUAGAAGCUCUUCGAACAAUACAUAAACAAAUGGAUGAUGACAAAGAUGGUGGCAUUGAAGUAGAGGAAAGUGAUGAAUUUAUCAGAGAAGAUAUGAAAUAUAAGGAUGCUACUAAUAAACAUAGCCAUCUGCAUAGAGAAGAUAAACAUAUUACUGUUGAAGACUUGUGGAAAAGAUGGAAAACAUCAGAAGUUCACAAUUGGACACUUGAAGACACCCUUCAGUGGCUGAUAGAAUUUGUUGAACUUCCUCAGUAUGAGAAGAAUUUUAGGGAUAACAACGUCAAAGGAACAACCCUUCCCAGGAUAGCAGGACCUGAACCUGCAUUUGUGAUUUCUCAGUUGAAAAUAAUUGAUCGGAGUCAUAGACAAAAGCUUCAACUGAAGGCACUGGAUGUGGUUUUAUUUGGACCUCUAACACGCCCACCUCACAACUGGAUGAAGGACUUUGUGCUUACAGUUUCUAUAGUAAUUGGGGUUGGAGGCUGCUGGUUUGCUUAUACUCAGAAUAAGACAUCCAAAGAACAUGUUGCCAAAAUGAUGAAAGACCUAGAGAGCCUACAGACUGCAGAGCAAAGUCUAAUGGACUUACAAGAGAGGCUUGAAAAGGCACAAGAAGAAAAUAGAAAUGUUGCUGUGGAAAAGCAAAAUUUAGAGCGCAAAAUGAUGGAUGAAAUUAAUUAUGCCAAGGAGGAGGCUUGUCGACUGAGAGAACUGCGGGAGGGAGCUGAAUGUGAAUUGAGUAGACGCCAAUAUGCAGAGCAGGAAUUGGAACAGGUUCGGAUGGCUCUGAAAAAAGCUGAGAAGGAAUUUGAACUAAGAAGUAGUUGGUCUGUUCCUGAUGCAUUGCAAAAAUGGCUUCAGUUAACACAUGAAGUGGAAGUACAGUACUACAAUAUUAAAAGACAAAAUGCUGAAAUGCAAUUAGCAAUUGCUAAAGAUGAGGCAGAGAAGAUUAAAAAAAAGAGAAACACAGUCUUUGGGACUCUGCAUGUUGCACACAGCUCAUCUCUGGAUGAGGUGGACCAUAAAAUUCUUGAAGCAAAGAAAGCUCUCUCUGAGUUGACAACUUGUUUACGAGAACGACUUUUUCGCUGGCAGCAGAUUGAGAAGAUCUGUGGUUUUCAAAUAGCACAUAAUUCAGGACUACCAAGCCUGACAUCUUCUCUUUAUUCUGAUCACAGUUGGGUAGUGAUGCCUAGAGUCUCUAUUCCACCCUACCCAAUUGCUGGUGGAGUUGAUGACUUAGAUGAAGAUACACCUCCAAUAGUUUCACAAUUUUCAGGGUCCAUACCGAAACCUCCUGUAUCAUUAGCAAGAAGUAGCAGCCUGUGUCGUUCUCGCCGAAGUAUUGUGCCAUCAUCUCCGCAGUCUCCACAUACUCAGCUUCCUUCACAUACACCUCAUCCUCGGCAUCCUCAACACAUACAACAUUCUUUGCCUUCCCCUGAUCCUGAUAUUCUUUCAGUUUCAAGUUGCCCUGCUCUUUAUCGCACGGAAGAGGAGGAAGAGGCCAUUUACUUCACUGCUGACAAACAGUGGGAAGUACCAGAUACAGCUUCAGAAUGUGACUCCUUAAACUCAUCCAUUGGAAGAAAACAGUCUCCGCCUUCAAGCCUUGAGAUGUACCAUACAUUGUCUCCUCGAAAAAUAUCGAGGGAGGAACUCUCAUUAGAAGAUUCAUCCAGAGGAGAUUCACCAGUAACUGCUAAUAUUUCCAGGGGUUCUCCUGAUUGUAUAGGUCUGACAGAAACUAAGAGUAUGAUAUUCAGUCCUGCAAGCAAGGUAUAUAAUGGUAUCCUGGAGAAAUCUUGCAGCAUGAACCAACUUUCUAGUGGUAUGCCCGUUCCUAAACCUCGCCACACUUCAUGUUCAUCAGCCAACAAUGAAAGCAAACCCAUUCAAGAAAUCUCAAAUGUCCCCAGGAUAAGCAGCAUCCCACAGGACCUUUGUCAGAAUGGAGAGAAAAGCAAAAAGCCAUCAAAAAUUAAAAGCCUUUUUAAGAAGAAAUCCAAAUGAAUUGGCUGGUAGAAAUCCAUAAGUGUGGCAUCAUUAAACCUUUCUUUAUCUUUCACUUAAGAAAUUUUUUUUGUUAUUUUUAAAUUUUAGGAAUGUAAUUCCAUUUGGGCUUUCCAGAAUGAAUGCCAUAGUGGAGUGCCCUCAAAGGCAACUGUUUGCUUAUUAAAGUGACUCUACCAUCAGUACAUCAUACCAGCUGUCACUGAAAAAAUCAUUAAAACAUUGAGACAGUUUACAGUUA